CAGGAAAGGGAAUAAGCUAUAUUGCUAUAAGAUAACAUUAUACUGGUAUAACUGCCUCCACACUAGGCAUUGCACUGGUGUAACUAUUUUAGUUUAAAAAAAAAAUCACACCCAUGAGAGGCUAACAGUUCAUUUAGAAUCCCGCAAUUCCCAUAGGUAGUACAAAUUAUUCCUUCUAUUUGUGCAUUAUUUUGCAUUUAUUAAUACUCAUUUUCUUUCAUGCAUUCAUUCACCUAUCUGUAUUGGGUUCCUUUGAAAUUCCUUGUCUUCCCUAAAUAAUCUUGUGUAAUUUACAAAUUCCAGCACCUCAGAGUUCAUGUCCUUUUCCAGAUCACCGAGAAACAUAUUAAAUAUCAUCAGACUUAUCCCUAGUCCUUUAUGAACUAUUUUUAGUGCUGCCUUUCCAGCAUACUGGUUUUGGUCCACAUUGACAGGAUUACAAAGCAUCUUGAAAGCAUGAUGGAAGGAAAUCAAUCCGGUCCUGUGACCGCACAGGAGGAUGAAGACCAAGGCGGAGAUCAAGGUGAUACAUUGGAUGCAAGGCCAGACAGAAGUUUCAGACUCUCCUUGUUUGAAAACAAUCACAGCAGCAGGUAGGAUUUGCACCUCUGAGGUACGAAAAACCAGGACAUCCAGGAUAAAAACCCAGGACAUCCAUAAAAUCCAACACUUGGCAGUGUGUACUGAGCACCCUUACAGAUAUCUUACAGGACAGCUACUUCCAAAAAGUGAUCCUAGGAAAACCUGGAUAGGUGGCAAACCUAGCAGCGGAUCAAGUAUCAGAAAAAAGAAGAAUGGACUGGAACAGCAGCCAGAGGUCCCUGUCAGUAACCAGUGCCGAAUUGUUAACCCAACAUUCAAGUAUAAUAUGGACUACAAGAAAGUUGGCAAAUGUAUUAUUAUAAACAACAAAAAUUUUGAGGACCAAACAGGUAUGGGUAAACGCAGUGGCACCGAUAAAGAUGCUGGAGCGCUUUUUAAAUGUUUUAGAAGCUUAGGAUUUGAGGUUGAUAUAUACAACGAUCAAUGCCGUGAUGAUAUGAAGAAAUUACUCAAACAAGCUGCGGAUGAGAACCACGAUGAUGCUGCCUGCUUUGCCUGUAUCUUUUUAAGCCAUGGGGAAGAGGGCUACAUUUAUGGCACUGAUGGAAUGUUGGAAAUCAAGGAUCUGACCACAUUCUUCAGAGGAGACAAGUGUAAAACUCUGAUAGGCAAACCCAAAUUAUUUUUCAUCCAGGCAUGUAGAGGAUCUACAUUUGAUGAUGGGAUACAAACAGAUUCUGGACUUGCAGAUGACACAGAGGUAACAGAUGCGAAUCCCAGAUACAAGAUUCCAGUAGAAGCAGAUUUUCUGUUUGCAUAUUCCACAGUGCCAGGUUAUUUUUCCUGGAGGAACCCAGGGAGAGGCUCAUGGUUUGUGCAGUCUUUGUGCUCCAUACUAAAUGAUCACGGGAAACAACUUGAGAUAAUGCAGAUCCUCACCAGGGUCAACUACAUGGUGGCCACAAACUAUGAAUCACAGUCGGAUGACCCACGCUACAGCGAAAAGAAGCAGAUACCCUGUGUGGUCUCCAUGCUCACUAAAGAACUUUACUUCUGAAAGUAUAUUCAAAGGGUUGAUGUUAGGGCACAUUUUUUCCCCCAAGGAGAUUUGAUUGUACACUCAAUGCAUAUCUCAUGUAAUAGCAGAUACAGAUUUGUACUGGCUUCUUAUAUUUGGAAAAGGUGAUGUAUCCGAUUGCUGAGCCCUAAUCAAGGCUUUAUAGGAUGAAAAAGCAACUCUGGACCAGACCUUCAGCUGAUGUAAAGUCCAUAACUCCAUUUUCGUAUAUAUAUAUAUAGCUAUACCGAUUUCCACUAGCUGAGGAUCUCAUCCUCCAUACUUAGCAGCAGAGAAAGACUGGAAGCUCUUUUCCAUAUCACUUGUUCUGUACACUCAACUGGAUGCUGUUGACUCCUCUCUGGUAACUUUUUCAAUUUUUGUUUCAUUUUCUAUAGUUUAAUUUUUUUUUCUACUCAUCUCAGAAGUUUUGGAAAUCAAAUCUUUUUUUCUAUCUAAUUUUGUCCCUUCCGUUUGAUUGCUGAUAUUUUUUACUUUACAUUGUUUCUAGUACUGCAUCACUAAAAAGGUGGAAGCCUUUCUACUUAUUUCUUCAUGUUUAAGAAGAGCUGUACAAUUAUACAUAGUCUAGGAACCAAUGUUAGUUAGAAGGCAGCAUAGGGAGAGUACCGCUUGCAUUGGGGUGUGACUAAUGCAAAUUUUGUGGAUGAUUAUUUAUUUUUGCUGCUUAAUCUUAAUUAAAUGGUGGAUUUACAGACAUUGAUAUUUAAAAUCCAGAGAACAGUUCCCUCUAGCAGCUCAAAAUUAGUCUGAGUUGGCUCUAAAUAAGUUGGCAGUGUCCCUUUCUAGCUUGCUUCCAUUAGAAAUCUGAUGAUUGUAUAUAAAAGUGUCUUUUUGCAAAUCUUGUAAUUCUACCUCCUUUAAAAAAAAAGUUUUUGUAAAGCUUAGGAAAUACUUGGGCUAUAUCUUUUUCCAAGAUGGAAAAACUGCAGUGUAUCGACAUUCAGAUUCUUGCUGAGUAAUAGUUAUUUCUCUUGACUUGGCCUUACCUUUCUUGCAUUCUGUUCAAUGCUAAAUAACUGGAUAGCGAAGAUGCAUCAGAACUCAACAGUUAUACCAAAAAAAUUGUUUGGUCAGUCCAGAGAAGUUAAACAAUUAUGGAAAGCAGUAUGUAAAACUUCUACAUUAAAUACUAGCAAAAUAAAUUCUGUGAAUCUUCCCUUAAAUUACUUCUCCCAUAACAACAGCUCCUUCCCAGAAAUCUUCCUAGGGCAGCACCAUUAUACAUCACUUUUUAUUAUGGUUUGUGUCCUUAAAAAUCUAACCCAUAGUUGGGGUGAGGUUUCUGAUCUCAUACAUAAACCUUUUUCUCUAAGAAAAAAGGAAGAAUAGUGACAGAUAUCCUUGGUUUACAGUGCUCUAAAAUUUACUUAGUUAUAAGUCAAAAACAAGGCAGGUAAAUAAAGAGAACAUCUAUAGAGAGUUUGCUAAAUAGAAAUGUAAUGUUAAUGUGGCAAAGAUUUUCAUCCAAUUUUCUUAUCACACAAGUAGAUUUUUACUUUGCAAACUACAUAUAAAAUGUAAAAGCAACCUGAAACAGUGAAAUUACUGAUUUUUGCUUGCAGGUAAUUCAGAUUAGAAAGUGUCUUGUUCAGAAAUAGUUUUAAAAAUCAACAAAAUCAAUUAGUAGGUUUUAUUUUAAAACAUAAUUUUAUUGUUGAAUAGAAACAAUGACAUUCUUCAGUAAUAAGUGUGAUUAUUUAGGUUGAGUUUGUCUGUUUGUUCCAUUAUGCAUACACUGAAAGUACUGCAUAGCAAGGUAAACAUUAAUCAGGUAGCAGAAUAGCUUUUAACUACUGUGCUGUCUUUUUUUUUUCUUUGGAUCAGAGCUAGCAAAUGCUUGAGUUCCUCUUUAAUAUGAUCUCUCAUGAAUAUUCAGUAGCUAUCCCAAAAAUGUGAGGCUAACCAGUUGUUCACUUAGAAUACUUCACCCAUUACUAGUUUUCUUUUCUUAAUCAAAAUGUACAGAAGGGUUCCUUGAAAACUUCUAAAAAUAUACAUAUUAGUGCCAAAUUACCAAAUUUGUAAGUUUCAAUAUUUUCUUACUGUUGUGACAAAAUGAGGCACUUUUUCUUAAAUCAAAUCUACAUGUCUGUGAAUUUCAUAAAUAAAUAUUUUAUGGAAAACUUGAUCAAUAAAGAAUUUAAAUUUCC